CUCAGAGGAGGAGGGAGUGGAGACAGACCCCUUCAAGAUGAGUUUCCCUGAGGAGCCACCAGGGGGGGCUACUGAGCAAACCUGGCGAGAAGACAACAUGUUAAAAGACUCUUUGAAAAGGGGGUUCCUUAAGGAGCAGCCAGGGGGUGCUAACGAGCAAGUCUGGACUAAAGGAGCAUUUGGUCCAGAGGAUCUGAGCUCUCGGGUGCCUGGUGGGGGGAGUGUCCAGAAGUUUGCUGCCAGCCCCCAGCUGAGGGAUCCUCCAGGUGAACAAGAGGAGCCGCACAGGUUAAAAAGGCCUCGCUCUCCUGUGCCCAGUGUGAUAUCCAUGAGGAGUGACAAGUCAAGGGAUAUGCCAUUGAAUUUCAAAGGACAAGAGAAGGCCACAGAUGAAUCAGAUGUGCAGCUGUGUGAUGUUUGUCUAAGUCCAGCGGUGAAGAGCUGCCUGACCUGCAAUGACUCCUACUGUAUGAGCUGCAUCAGACCGCACUACUCUAAUCCAGACCUGGAGGAACACCAGCUGCAGGACCUCCAGCUACACGGGCAUGAUGCCACUGGGCAGGUGGGCACGGAUAGAGACCAGGUGCAGAUCAGUAGUCUGGGCAGGUGGGCACGGAUAGAGACCAGGUGCAGAGAAGUAGUCUGGGCAGGUGGGCACGGAUAG